AUGCAGUCGGGAAUUACAGUCUCGACGGAGCUCCAAGAUGCGUUCACCCGCUUCAGCUCCGACCCCUCGCUAUUCUGCCUCCCAGUAAUCAUAACAGGGGAGAGCCUCACACCACAAACCGCAAUCUCAUUCUCCGGCUCCUCAACUAGCCCAGAAGAUUUCUUUUCCGCCCUCCCACAGCUGUCCUCCGUCUUACAGCCCAAGACACCCAUCUACCUUCUGCUCCGCCGCCCAACCAAAGCUGCAACCAUCCUCGUUGCAGUAACAUACAUCCCCUCUAAUGCCCCCGUUCGUCCAAAGAUGCUUUUCGCAUCUACCCGCUCGACGCUGGUCCGUGAGCUGGGAACUGAGAAGUUCGCUUCAACGGUCUUUGCUACCGAAGAGGACGAGAUCCUUGGUCGGGAUUCGUGGCGUGAGCGUGACGGCGAUUUGCCUGGUGCUGUUCGCCGUGAGGAUCUGAUGGGUGAAAAGGAGCGUCAGUUGGAGGAGGUUCGGAAGGCCGAGGCUGAGGCGAGAAGUGGAACACCGCAUAGGGAUAUUGGUAUUGGAGGUACUUUUGGACCUGGUUCUGGGUCUGGAAUGCCGGUUUCUAUGCCCGUGGAUGAGGCGGCGAAGACUGCUCUGAGGGAGCUUCAGGAUGGUGGUCUUGUUCAACUGACCGUUGAUAUCCCCACGGAGACUAUCAAGCUUGUCGAUGCCCAAGAUAGCGUUGAUGCGGGCUCCGUCGCUAGCCAUAUCUCCCCAUCCUCGCCUCGGUACACCUUCUACCACUACCCCGGUUCGGAUGUUGUGGUGUUCGUGUACACCUGCCCCACUGGAUCGUCGAUCAAGGAACGCAUGUUGCAUGCCAGCUCGCGCAGAACUGCCAUCACGGUCGCUGAAAACGAGGGUCUCAAGAUCUUGAAGAAGAUUGAGGCUUCGUCGUCAGAUGAGAUCACCGCAGAGCGACUGGAGGAAGAAGUGCGCCCGCCCACGAACGUGGGUGCUUCGCGAGGAUUUGCCCGCCCCCGUCGCCCAGGUCGGUGA